UGGGUUCAAUACAUUGGAAAAUAUGCAAAAAAUUGAAAGUUUCGUGUUUUUGAUACAAUACAAUUUAAUUUCUGCACAUAAUUAUUUUAUUACAUAAUUUUAAAAAAUAUCAUUAAAUUACAUAACGUUUUCUUCCUUAUAUGUAGGCAACUAAUUAUACAUAUUAUGAAUUUCUGCCAAUUCGAAUAAUUGACAGGUAACCAAGUGUUUAUAGUUUUUGGUUAACAAAUUCUGAAAACUAUUGUUGUUGCUGUAUUUAGUAAUACAAAUAAUAUUCAGGUAUCUCUGUGAUGUUUUAAAGGUGUUAUAAUAAACUAACUGCAAAUAAAAUGGAAAAUCCUUCUUUAAAAUAUAUAACAAAUCCAUAUUUUGGAAAUCCUCCGGAAAAACAGAACACUAUUUUACAAAGCAAUGGAGAACCUCACAUAACAAGCUUUAAUUAUAUGGUAAAUGAAGGUCUAGCCGAUGCUAUUAACGAUUUAAACGCUGUAGAAUUCAAGCUAGAUGAUAGAAAAAUUAAACUCGCAAUUAGCAACUAUUCUUUUCAAAAACCGCAGGUGCCCCCUGAGAUGGUGCUAGUUAAGAAUAAGACAAUUUAUCCAACGACUUGUAGACAAAGUUCCAAUACUUAUAAAGGAAAAUUAUUUGUGGAUGUUGAUUGGUUUAUAGAUGGAGAACAGCAACAAUCAUUCACUAAAGACUUGGGAGAAAUACCAGUUAUGGUAAAGUCCGACCGUUGCAACUUGAACAAAAUGAGUCCAAAAGAGCUGGUCAAACACGGAGAGCACGAACAGGAAUGGGGAGGAUACUUCAUAAUCAAAGGUAAUGAAAAAUUGGUCCGAAUGCUAUUGAUGACUAGAAGAAAUUAUCCAAUAGCUAUCAGAAGAUCUGGAUGGAAACAAAGGGGGGCUUUGUUUUCGGAAUCUGGUGUAUCUAUACGAUGCGUUAGGAAAGAUCAAACUGCAACAAAUAAUGUUCUCCAUUUUGUGAAUGAUGGUACUGCCAAACUCAUGUUUAGUUAUCAAAAAGUACUUUAUUAUAGUCCAUUAUGUUUGAUUUUAAAAGCUCUGUGUAACUACAGUGAUCAGCAUAUUUUCCAAAGGUUGAUACAAGGCUGUGAAGAUGAUACAUACUAUGUUGAUUGUGUCAAAAAUAUGCUGAGAGCAAUUCACAAAGAAAACCUCCACAAUAAAGAAGACUGUCGGUCGUAUAUAGGAAAUAUGUUUAGGGUGAAAUUCCGCGAAUGUCCGGAAUGGUCAACCGACCAAGAAAUAGCCGAUUUUAUAUUCAAAAAAUGCAUUUUAAUACACUUGGACACUAAUGAAGAUAAAUUCAAUAUGUUGGUGUUCAUGACUCAGAAACUGUUCUCGUUUGCUCAAGAUAAAUGCAAGAUAGAAGGUGCGGAUGCCGUAAUGAUGCAAGAAUUACUGUUAGGUGGCCAUUUGUAUCUACAAAUUAUCAAAGAGAAACUCUACUCUUGGUUGAACAUAUUAAAAUUGAGCAUUAUUAAAUUAGCCAAAUCUACCAACUUUUCGCUCAGCCAAACAGAAAUUUUGAAAGCAGCGAGAUACAGCGGUGGAAUUGAGGCUGCCAUGUCAAACUUCUUAGCUACAGGAAAUUUGAAUAGUAUUUCCGGAUUAGGACUGAUGCAAGACAAAGGUUUGGUGAUUAUGGCUGAAAAUAUCAACAGAAUGCGCUACAUGUCCCAUUUUCGAGCUGUUCACAGAGGGGCCUUCUUUCAAGAAAUGAGAACCACCGAGGCCAGGCAGUUACUCCCGGAUGCUUGGGGGUUUAUAUGUCCUGUACACACACCGGACGGUGCACCUUGUGGUCUUUUGAAUCAUCUCACUUUAAACUGUAUCAUAACAAAUGUACCUGAUCCAGUUAAAGUAAAGAAUAUUCCAUUGGUUCUAACUGAACUUGGUAUGAAACCUCCAAAAUAUGCCGACACCACAGAUUUGAAAACCAGUUAUGUAGUACAAUUGGAUGGUAGAAUUAUAGGUUAUGUUGAUGGAAACGACGCCGCAAAACUUAUACAACGACUGCGUCUGUUCAAAAUAAAAGGGGUAAUAAUACCGGAAACUCUAGAAAUAGCGUUUGUUCCUUUAAAAAAAACCGUCGCUCAAUAUCCCGGAAUUUUUUUGUUUACCGGACCGGCUAGAAUGAUGAGACCAUUGAUGAAUUUGUAUACAAACAAGAUAGAAUUGGUGGGGACGUUCGAACAGGUCUAUAUGGAUAUAUGUGUAACCCCCGAAGAAGCAUAUAAAAAAGUCACUACUCAUAUGGAACUUUCUAAGACUGGCUUUCUAUCAAAUUUGGCCCAGCUUAUUCCGAUGCCAGAUUGUAACCAAUCGCCCCGUAACAUGUACCAAUGUCAGAUGGGGAAGCAAACAAUGGGUUCACCAUGUCACACAUGGGAUCUCCAAUCAGAAACCAAACUUUACAGACUACAAACUCCCGGAAGUCCCCUUUUCAGACCUGUACAUUAUGAUAAUAUUCAGUUGGAUGAUUUUGCGAUGGGGACUAACGCAAUCGUGGCCGUCAUUAGUUAUACAGGUUACGACAUGGAGGAUGCGAUGAUAAUUAAUAAAGCAUCAGAAGAGAGAGGGUUGUGUCAUGGAAGCAUAUACAAAUCUGAAUUUGUGACAUUGGAUCAUGCAGGCUCCUUUUUCGAGAGAGAUCCUGAUUCCAAAGAUACAUCUUUAGCCAAGUUUAUAGAUUCCGAUGGAUUACCAUUUAUUGGUAGAAUACUGAAAGAGAGUGAGCCGUUGUACAGUUAUUUCGAUGCCGAUAGGUCAGUGUAUAUUGUUAAAGUAUUUAGAGGUAAAGAAGAAUGUUAUAUGCACAGUGUGAAGUUGUGUGCCAACUUCGACCAGAAGAAUUCCAGGAAGACAGUCUGUUUUACUUAUCGAGUACCAAGGAAUCCAAGUGUAGGUGAUAAAUUUGCGAGUAGAGCCGGACAAAAAGGAAUUUGCUCUCAGAAAUGGCCCACCGAGGAUUUACCUUUCACGGAAACAGGUCUUGUGCCAGACAUAGUGUUCAAUCCCCACGGUUUCCCAUCCCGGAUGACAAUUGCUAUGAUGAUUGAAAUUAUGGCUGGUAAAUCUGCAGCAUUGCAUGGUCUUGUACAUGACGCGACACCAUUCAUUUUUACCGAAGAAGAUACCGCCAUAGAUUAUUUCGGUAAAUUAUUAGAAAAAGGCGGUUAUAAUUAUUACGGAACCGAAACCAUGUAUUCAGGCAUCGAUGGUAGAGAAAUGACAGCGCAAAUAUUUUUUGGAAUCGUACAUUAUCAACGGUUGAGGCAUAUGGUUUCAGAUAAGUGGCAGGUAAGAUCAACGGGACCCAUAAAUAUAUUAACUAGACAACCGUUGAAAGGAAGAAAAAGAGGCGGUGGUGUCCGUUUUGGUGAAAUGGAACGAGACGCCCUCAUUAGUCACGGGGCGUCGUUUCUGUUGCAAGAUAGGUUAUUUCAUUGUUCAGAUGAAACUACGGCUUUCAUUUGUACAUCUUGUGGAACAUUGCUGGGUCCAAUUACAGCGAUCAUGAGAUUAUCGGAUAAACCUCAACAUACAGAAACAAAAGAAACAUGUCGUUUAUGUGAUACGGACGAAUACAUAAACAAAAUAAAAAUACCAUACAUUUUCAAAUUUUUCAUUACUCAGUUAGCUUCAUGUAACAUAAAUGUUAGAUUAGGUUGUCAAGAAGUUUGAUUAAAAUAUUGAUGCUGAGUACUUUUA